AUGUUCAGAGACUUUAAGGUGGUUCAGCCCAGAGUGGAGGUAUCAAAUUUGACUCCUUGUUCAAUGAACUGUCCUUCUUUCAUGUUUGUCAGCCUGGGUUGCCUCCAUGUAUUGGCCAUGAUUUGUUUGAAGGUAUUGUAGCCUCUGAUCUUGCAUUGUACAUUCAACAUCUGGUGAAGGUUGACAAACAGUUCUCAUAUCUUGAGUUGAACCGCAGGAUUAACCAGUUUAAGUAUCUAGGGAACGAUGCCCAUGACAGACCUUGUGAAGUGACUCCAGGAAGUGAUAAACUGGGUGGGCAUGCUGUCCAAAACUGGUGUUUGUUGCGGAUGCUACCAGUGCUCAUUGGAAAGACAAUUGAUUCUCCAGGUGAAAAUCAAGUUUGGCAGCUGAUUUUACAAUUAAGAGAAAUUGUUUCUCUUAUUUGUGCACCAGCGAUUUCAACUGGACAGAUAGCCUAUUUGAGAGUGCUUAUCGAUGAAUAUUUGUAUUUCCGAAAGCAAACUUUCCCAGACAAACCGGUGAAGCCAAAGCAUCAUUUUGUCACUCACUAUCCAGAGCUCAUCCUCUGUUUUGGGCCACUAAUUUGUUUGUGGACACUACGAUUCGAAAGUAAGCACACUUAUUGCAAACGAUGUGCAUGGAAACUUCAUAAUUUCAAAAAUGUGUGCUUAACUCUUGCAGAGAGGCAUCAACUACUCCAGGUGUAUCUUAAUGCUGGCAAUCUCUUCCCUGCCACAGUUGUAGCGGAAAAGGCAUCAGAGUUUUUUCCUGCAGACUACAAUCACAGCAUCAGGGAGUCGGUUUCAAGCUUUGACUUUGGGUCUGACAAUACUUUGAUUGCUCAUGAGGCAACUGUAAAAGGCACAAAAUACAAAAAAAACAUGCUUGUUGUUAUGGAUGAGAUUUCUGAGGGCCUUGUGAUUGGAAAGAUCAUUGUGGUUCUUAUCCACAAAGAUUCAGAAGUGUAUUUUAUCACUAAUAAAUGCAAGGCUUUUCCUCUCCAUGACAUAGGUGUUUAUGGCUUCACACCAUGUGAGGGAUGCUACUGUUGUGUCAAACAGGAUGAACUAGUUGACUUUUACCCUUUGAAAGAGUAUACAUUCUGUGACAUUCCAGUUAUUGUUCCACACCACUCCUCCUAAGAUCCUCCUUAGGGCCUUACCAUCUCUUUCUGAUGCUGUUCAGAAUCUUGUGAUAGACAGGCUAGUGAGUUCUGGUUUGGAGUCAACAGGAGACCUGAAAUAUGUGACACAGGAUGACAUUGGAGACUUACUACCCGCCAUUCAGCAAAGGAAACUUUUAGAUGCAUUCAAACUGGGUAUGUUUGUGCUUAGUGGCAUCCUUGUAUAAUUAUACAUCAUAAUAAACCAUUAAUUCAAAGAAAAAUGCAUGACCGUUCUCUCAUUCUUUUCAAUUUUAGAAACAGAGGCAAUCACUUUGGAUCUCCAAAUCCUGCCUUCUCCCACCACUGCAGAGAGUAGCGACUCCACGGGCAAAACCGUUCAUUUCAGUGAACCGGAUCAUUCCAGGUUGUUCAGUAAAAAGACCCGUUCAUUUUGGUCAUUUCGGUCAAUCGGUCGUUAGUCAGUCCGCUCGUUCAUGUUGCUCACGUUCGACGCUGAACGAACGUGAUGAGCGAACGGACUGACUGCACUUCAGACUCAACAGCGCAACAACAUGUGAUCUUGAAAUCUGAAGCAUUACACCUCCGGAUCCGACGUUGCGUGCGUCUCAGCUCCCCGGUCCGACGUUACGACCCCCCUGUGGUCCGACGCUGUGACCGCUGCACUCCCCACUUCCCACCGUUCAUCCGUCUGGGUCUUUCGUUCAACUCGGUCUUUCAGUCAACUCGUUCAUCGGUCUGGAUCUUUCGUUCACUCGGUCUUUCAGUCAACUCGUUCAUCUGUCUGGGUCUUUCAUUCAACUCGGUCUUUCGUUCAACUCAGUCUUUCGUUCAUUUAACCCGUUCUUUUAGUCAACUCGGUCAUCCCGGUCUUUCAGUCAGCUCAGUAGUACUGCUGCUGCUUCUCUAAGCCCCACCCACACACAGAACGAGGCGCGACGAUAGGAUAAGACAGGCAAGCACGGAGAUAGUCCCUCAGCCAAUCAAAAGAACUGAACGGACUGAACGGGUCAUUUAGAGGGGGAGAACUAGUUCAUUUCGUUCACCAAAAAGAACUAGUUCUUUUGAUCCGUUCGUUCAAGACCGACACACCACUAAUCCACAUCAUUUUCCAGCUCAUACAGCCAAUCUUCCCUGUUCACCAACCUGUCCUCCAGCUCACCAACUUCACCGUUUUCAAGUCCAUCCACCUCAUCUGUGCUCUCCUGCUCAGGAACUGAAGACAGCCAGACCUCCUCCCACAUAAGAAAAGAUUGGCCAGAGUCCUUUCAGGUGCCAUGGAACCAAAUGCCUGCAGACAUUCGUUCAGCCAUAUCAGAUGGUAAGCGGCCUUCACCUGCCGCUCGACGGCAGAUGGUAAGAGUGUUGGUAGAUGCGGAAGAAUGAGAAAAACCCAACACACUCACAGUGCCUUACAAUUUGCCACAACAUUGCUCAGCAAUAUCCAAACAGUUUUGCUGAUCAAAUUGAAAAUGGUACACUCCUGGGAAAUGGAUACACAUCACUCCUAAUCCAAGUCAAAACUCGGGUUGAAAACCUGAACCGCAAUAGCAGCUUUCGCCAGCACCGUUCCUCUGGCAAAGGUCACAAGAGAGGACCUACUGACACAUAUGGCUGCACCAGAUUUCAGCCCAGCCUUCCACCAGAGGAAACUGAAGAAACAGUGGAGAGCAAACGUCAAAAACUGGAGGAGAUCUACAGUCGGGAUGGCAUAAAUGGAGCUGACAGAGCAGAGGUAAAGCAGCUUAUGGAGACAACCUUCUACCUGCAGCGGUGCCACAUAAAUGCUCUACCAGCACCAACAACUGAGGCUUUAAAAACCAAGUGGCCAUACCUAUUCACUCAGAAAGGGCUCUACUCUCACUUUGAGUUUCUCACUGAUAUCCCUGUACUACGCACACUUGAGCUUGCCAUGGAGGAAUGCAGCAGAGCAAUUAUGGAAUUCUUCAAGACCAAACCAACCAAUGCAGGAGUCCGGGAAGCUCUCUCUAUGGAUGAAAAUUUCGAGGGCUCAACUCGUGUCAUCCAUCUUCUGAUGGCUCAUUUCUCAGAGAAUAUCACUGAUCUGAUCCUUCGUGCAGAUGUGAGUUUCCUUUUUGUAUAUAGGCUACAUAUGCCAUCUCAUAUAAUGACUCAUUUUUAAGAGAACUUGCACUUUGUUUCACUUUCUUUGUCCUAGGGUUCUGCCACUACAGCUGACAUUGAGGGGACACUUAGCAUACCUGCAUCUCCUCGUCUGAUACUGCUUGGUAUGUAUACACCACUGGAUAUGCAAGCAACAUAAUCCUCCAAGCAUAAAGCAAUGCUCUUGUAAAUAGAUAUUCUGAAAUGCAUUGCUGUUUUUGUCAGGACAAGGAAUUUAUUUUCAAAAGAAAGAAAAAUUACAUUAUUUAAAGAAACAGCAAACAGUUGAAUAUGAUGGUUUACAUGCGAUACUUUCUGAAUCCAAAAUGAUGAAAAAAAAACAAUAUUGCCUAGUAUUUUUGAAUGAUAUUAUCUGGAAAAAAAAGAGAGCGAGAACACGUUUAUGGAAACAAACACAAUUGAUAUCUGUUUAUGAGAGUCGAAUCUCAACAAGGUCUGACACCUAUUGCUGUCUUUGUGCACACCACAGGACAUUAAAAAGCAUCUCCUAACUAUACCAUGGGUGUACGAGCCUCAAAAACCACAGAAGCUCCUUUCUACUGCAAAUCCAACAACAUACAACAUUACUGUGCUAUUCGUGUCAUUGGGACAGUUGUAA